CCGCUUCCAGCUGGGGCUGGCGGGCUCGAGCCUUGUAGCCCCUCGACUGCCCUUUUCUCCCAACUCUUUAGGAGCCGAAUUUGUCGGCCCUUUGCUCCGCCCUGCAGGACGGAAGUGGGGGUUGUCUUCUUCGGUCCUGACAUUGGGAAUCGAGAUGGCUUCCGUUCGGAUCCGAGAGGCCCAGGAGGGAGACUGUGGAGAUAUACUAAGGAUGAUUCGGGUGAUGGAACUGGCCGAAUACGAGAAACUCUCGGAUCAGGUGAAGAUCAGUGAAGAAGCCCUGAGAGCAGAUGGCUUUGGAGAGAAUCCUUUCUAUCACUGUCUGGUAGCAGAGAUGGUAGCACCUGGGGAGCCACAGGGGCCCUGUGUGGUGGGUUAUGGGCUUUACUACUUCAUCUACAGCACAUGGACAGGAAGAAACGUUUACUUGGAAGAUGUUUAUGUGAUGCCAGAAUAUCGGGGUCAAGGGAUUGGUACCAAAAUAAUAAAAAAGGUGGCUGAGGUGGCUUUGGAUAAGGGUUGCUCCCAGUUCCGCCUGGCAGUUCUGGACUGGAAUAAGAGGGCCAUGGACUUGUACAAAGCCCUAGGAGGUCAAGAUCUGACGGAAGCCGAGGGCUGGCAUUCCUUUCGAUUUGAAAGAGAGGUGAUGAAGGAGUUGGCAGGAAGGUGACACCAUCACUUAGAAUCUCCUUGCCGGAGCUUCUCUAUUCCUAUCUGCUCAAGCACUUCUGAGACACAUCUGCACAGAUCCUGACCCUGAAGAAGAAGAGUUGCUGUGGCAGAUUCUUAGAAUACAAAAAGAGCAGAAUUGAGGGAGAAGCCUGUUUGGGGUGAAAAUAA